CGAAUAUGCGGCGGUGAAGUAGCAGGCUGGUAAACAGCGACCGGUCUGGGCUCGCCCAGAAGCUGUCAUGGCGGCGGAGGGGCUGGCGGGGCUUUUGCCCGCCCAGACCCAACUGGAGUACGCCCUGCUGGACGCCGACACUUCCCAGGAGAAGGAAAACUUGGUCUACCAGUACCUGAAGAAGAUGGACAGCCGGGAGCGGGACCUGACGGUGCCCGAGCUCGGCGGAGAUCUACAAUGGUUAAAUACUGAAGGUCCUAUUUCUCUUCACAAAGACCUUUGUGGAAAAGUUGUGGUGUUGGAUUUCUUUACUUAUUGCUGCAUCAACUGCUUGCACCUGCUGCCCGAUCUCCACGCAUUAGAGCACCAGUUCUCUGAUAAAGAUGGUCUUAUUAUUGUUGGAGUCCAUUCGGCAAAAUUCCCAAAUGAAAAAGUUCUGGAUAACAUUAAAAGUGCCAUUCUGAGGUACAAUAUUGUCCACCCUGUAGUAAAUGAUGCAGAUGCAACCCUGUGGCAUGAACUUGAAGUGUCCUGCUGGCCAACUCUGGUUAUUUUGGGACCUCGUGGAAAUAUGCUCUUUUCACUUGUUGGAGAGGGACACAGAGAGAAAUUGUUUUUAUUUACUUCUGUAACACUGAAAUUCUACAAGGAAAGAAGACAAAUCAAAGAUAACAAGAUUGGAAUAAAGCUAUAUAGAGACUCACUCCCACCUUCUCCCCUGCUGUUUCCUGGCAAAGUGACCGUGGAUCAUUCGGGAGAAAGGCUGGUCAUAGCAGAUACUGGACAUCAUAGGAUAUUGGUUACUCGAAAAAAUGGACAAAUUCUACACACUAUUGGAGGUCCAAACAGUGGAAGAAGAGAUGGAAGAUUUUCAGAGGCAGCUUUCAACUCGCCACAAGGGAUUGCUAUAAAAAAAGAUAUUAUUUAUGUAGCUGAUACAGAAAAUCACCUCAUUAGAAAGAUUGACCUGGAGUUAGAGAUGGUGACCACUGUAGCAGGCAUUGGGAUACAAGGUGUCGAUAAGGAAGGUGGAGCAAAAGGAGAAGAACAGCCUAUCAGCUCUCCAUGGGAUGUGGUCUUUGGGAAUUCAAUUUCAGGGACCCAGGAAGAUGAUGUUUUAUGGAUAGCAAUGGCAGGCACUCACCAGAUAUGGGCACUGAUGCUGGAAGAUGGAAAACUACCAAAAGGAAGUGAUUUAAAGAAAGGAGUCUGCCUUCGAUUCGCUGGAAGUGGGAAUGAGGAGAACAGAAACAAUGCAUACCCACAUAAGGCAGGCUUUGCACAGCCUUCUGGUCUCUCUCUGGCUUCCGAGGAACCAUGGAACUGCGUUUUUGUAGCAGACAGCGAGAGCAGCACUGUGCGAACCAUCUCCCUGAAAGAUGGAGCAGUGAAGCACCUUGUAGGAGGAGAGAGAGAUCCAUUGAACUUGUUUGCCUUUGGUGAUGUGGAUGGAGCAGGCAUAAAUGCAAAGCUGCAGCAUCCCUUAGGAGUAACAUGGGACAAGAAAAGAAAACUGUUGUAUGUGGCAGAUUCCUACAAUCAUAAGAUUAAGGUUGUAGAUCCCAAGAUGAAGAACUGUGCUACACUGGCAGGCACGGGAGAAGCAAGCAACGUCAUUGGUUCCAGCUUUACACAGUCAACAUUUAAUGAACCAGGAGGUUUGUGUGUUGAAGAAAAUGGCCGCUUGAUGUAUGUUGCAGACACAAAUAAUCAUCAGAUUAAAGUGCUGGAUUUGAAAACAAGAAUUCUUUCCAUGUUGCCUAUCCUGGAUCCAGAAGCAGGCGAUGUUCCAGAUAACCUGCCUGUGCAAAGGGAGAGAAUGACAAGCCUUCCAAAGCUGCCUAAAUCUGCACCAAAUGUUCAACUUCCUUCACUAACAGUAGCUCCUGGCCAGACAAUUAAGUUUUUAUUAAAGUUGACUCUUCCUCCAGAUUCAAAACUGAAUGAAGAAGCACCCAACUACUGGUUCAUCACGGCAGAAGAUAAUACCUGGUUGCUUCAAGGACAGCUUCUGUCUGGAGAAAUAAAGGAUGUUUCCUGUCAAACUGUAAUUCCCUUUCAGUUACCAGGGAGCUGUCUAUCAGCUGAAGCUAUCCUGGCUAUCAAAGUGUGCCUCUACUAUUGCAACAAAGGUAGCAGUGCCUGUAUGAUGAAAGGAGUCUCAUUCAAUCAGCCUUUCCAUAUAGCUAGUGCAAACCAAGGCAGCUUGAUUCAAGUUGAACUGAUACACACAUUUUUAAGUAACUAACCUGAAGCCAGCUAAUUUCAUACUUUAUUUUGGUAUCCACCAUUUCUAUAGGAGAAAAUGCAAAUAGGUAACUUUUCUCUGAUUUUCUUGGAGCUUAUGACAAAGCUAAGAAAUAAUAAACUUGAUAAAUGAAUUAACCGUUCCCUACAACUUAACGUGAAAAUUAAUCAUCACAACCUCACUUCUUUUCAUUACAGUAGCAGCAAUAAAAUUGUAAUACUCUAGCUCUGUUGCCAGUUGUGAAUAUGUUGGAUAUAUGCCAUUCUAAGCAAUGAGCAACAAUUGCUAGAGUCUCUUUGAAAGACCUGGUGUUACUUUGUGAUGUUACUGUAAGAAAGUCUUUGCACUGUAUAUACUGUUAGAAGAGCUAGAUCAUUUUGUACUAACAAGUUACAAGUUCCAUUUGUGCCCUUAUUAAAUUUUAAUAGAAUGUCAAAAUGAAUAGUUUCUUUCUCCACGCUGUAAAAGAGGUAUCUUGCUUAUUUUUCUGUAAUGGAAUUGAUGACACAUGUAUUUUGAAAAUACAUCAUAAGCUAAUUGUGGUUCUAAUUUUAUGCAAAAUGAGUGUUUUGCUUAACUACAUACGACUGCCUUAUGUGAAGAGCAUAGUUCAUGGAAAAAUUUCUGUGAAAGGGAAGUGUUCAAGUUCCUACAGAAGAAUUUCCUGCUGAUUUCUAACAAAGAAUGUGCCUCUCUUAUGUGUAUAUAUAUAAAGAAAA